AUGAAUGAAGCUCAUCCUUGCUCCACUCUUAUGGCCGUUGGUACAUGGUUAUUCUCAGGUGAUAGUGACCUAUUCAAGCAACCAAGUUUGUACCGAAGCACUAUAGGGGCACUUCAAUACCUUACACUUACAAGACAUGAUCUUAGCUUUCCCGUUAAUAAGCUUAGUCAGUUCCUAUCAGCUCCUACAACUCUUCAAUGGCAAGCAUGCAAGAGAAUUCUUUGGUAUGUCAAAGGAACACUAGAUUAUGGUUUACACUUUCAGCCCACUCGCUCUCUCAAUGUGGAAUGUUACGCCGAUGCAGAUUGGGGAAGUAAUUUGGAGGAUCGACGCUCUACUAGUGGCUGUUGUGUAUACAUGGGGCCUAAUUUAGUUCAGUGGAGCUCAAGAAAGCAGCGAGUUGUAGCCCUUUCUUCCACUGAAGUUGAGUAUAGAGCAUUGGCUCAAACAACCACAAAGUGUGUGUCUGUUAAAGAUAAUGGAAAAGAGAAGCAGCUUAGCUUGAGGGGAAGUGUUGAUCAAAGAUUCAUGGUGCUAACUGCAAGUUCACAAAAUGAUAGGACCUAA